CAUCCAGAACUACACCCCCAAGGUGGGCGAGGCCGCCACCUGGGCCGCCAUCCGCCGCGCCUUCCAGGUGUGGGCGUCGGCCGCGCCCGCCCUGCGCUUCCGGGAGGUUCCGUACGGGCAGAUCCGGGCGGGGGCGGCGCCCGGCGCCGACAUCAUGGUGCUCUUCGCCGAGGGCUUCCACGGCGACGCCACGCCCUUCGACGGCCCCGGCGGGUUCCUGGCGCACGCCUACUUCCCGGGGCCGCACAUCGGCGGCGACACGCACUUCGACGGCGCCGAGCCCUGGACGCACCGCGGCGACGACCUCAGCGGUAACGACCUGUUCCUGGUGGCCGUGCACGAGCUGGGCCACGCCCUGGGCCUGGAACAUUCCAGCGACCCCUCGGCCAUCAUGGCGCCCUUCUACCAAUGGAUGGACACCGAGGCCUUCGAGCUGCCCGACGACGACCGGCGCGGCAUCCAGCAGCUCUACGGUAACGACCUGUUCCUGGUGGCCGUGCACGAGCUGGGCCACGCCCUGGGCCUGGAACAUUCCAGCGACCCCUCGGCCAUCAUGGCGCCCUUCUACCAAUGGAUGGACACCGAGGCCUUCGAGCUGCCCGACGACGACCGGCGCGGCAUCCAGCAGCUCUACG